GAGAGCGCUUCCUUUAACGGUGAGCUGGCUACUUAUAGUAUCAUCACGGUCCUCACAACACAGUACCACUGUAGUCGAGGACUCGAGGAGUUGACCGCGCGAACAAACGAACUCUCAUAAAACUUAGGAGUGCUAUGUGUUAAACUUGAAGAAAAUGUUACAAAAAACAGUUUUAAUAUUAACAAUUAUUGCAUUUGCGAGUACUACAAACAGUGACGAGGAAGCUAUAGUGGAAACAGUUGAUAGUUUUGAAGAUUCGAGGAAUAAUGAAUAUGGUGAUGGUUCAGAUCAGGAUAGCAGGGCAGGAAGGCUUUUAUAUUCGAAUCGGCAGAAUCCUAUGAUUGAGUUGUUGAUGCAAACUGCGUCAACUAAUUAUGUGCCCAAAAAUACGGAGGAUUUCUUCGAUUUUCUUCGAGAUUCGUACCCUUUACCGGGAGUACUAAAAGCACCAUACGCAGAAUAUGACUACAUCAUAGUGGGGGCUGGGUCGGCAGGCUCUGUCCUCGCCUCCAGACUAACAGAAGACAAGAAUGUAACAGUACUACUGUUAGAAGCUGGCAAGCCGGAGAUGUUGCUUACUGACGUACCAGCUUUAGCGCCAUACUUCCAAUCAACGGACUACGCUUGGCAGUAUUAUAUGGAGUACCAGCCGGGAGUCUGUACUGGCAUGCUCAACGGGCGCUGUUUUUGGCCACGAGGCAAGGCUGUCGGCGGGACGAGCGUUAUCAACUACAUGAUAUACACCCGAGGCAGGCCUCAAGAUUGGGACCGCAUCGCUGCAGAUGGCAACUAUGGAUGGUCUUAUAAUGACGUUCUAUAUUACUACAUGAAGUCUGAGAGGGCCAACUUAGGCGGCUUGGAGAAAAGUCCGUUUAGAAGCCAAGACGGAGUCAAUCCCGUACAAUUUGUGCCAAAAAGGACCAAAUUAGUCAAAGCUUUUCUAGAAGCGGGUGAAAUACUUGGGCACCCCACAAUAGAUUACAACUCGCCACAUGAACUAGGGUUUGGUUACGUGCAGACAACGACAUCGUAUGGCCACCGAUACAGCGCAGCUAAAGCAUUUUUACACAAGAAGAAGAAACGGCGCAAUUUACACAUUUUGCCUGAAGCCACCGUGACGAAAAUCUUGAUUGACCCGCAGACAAAUACAGCCUAUGGAGUAGACUAUGUCAGGAACAGACUCAAGUCUACAGUAAGAGCAAGGAAAGAAGUUAUUCUCUCGGCAGGACCCAUUGCAUCCCCUCAACUUCUCAUGUUAUCAGGUGUCGGACCCCAAGAUCAUUUAAAAUCACAUGGUAUACCCGUCAUAAAAGACUUACCGGUCGGCCAAAAGCUAUACGAUCACAUAUGUUUCCCAGGAUUAAUAUUUGAAUUAAAUACAACAGGGGUGAGUCUAAAGGAAUCUAGUGCUUACAACCUGCGAGAAAUAGUCUCAUGGCUUAGAGAUGGAGACACGGACAUUUCUACACCUGGAGGUGUGGAAGGCAUUGGAUACAUUAAGACACCAGUGUCAGAUGACCCUGAACCUGUUCCUGAUAUAGAGCUAAUAAGUAUUGGCGGAUCAAUAACUUCGGAUGGUGGGCCUCAGGGCAGUAGGGCUGUGCGACGGGGUAUGAGAAUAAGGGAAGACAUUUUUGACGAGGCUUUCGGAGAUAUAGAUCGAAUAAGCAAAGACACAUGGAGUACCUUCCCUAUGUUACUUCAUCCAAAGUCUGUGGGUAAAAUAGAAUUGAAGGAUAGCAAUCCGUUCAGCCAUCCUUUGAUGUAUGGUAACUACUUGACUGACCCUAAAGACGUGGCAACAUUCAUUGCAUCAUUCCGUCACAUACAGAAGCUAGCGGCAACACCGCCUUUCCAGCGUUAUGGAGCGAAGGUGCACAGGGCGAAUUACCCACAGUGUCAAUCUACUGUUUUCGAUUCUGAUGAAUACUGGGAGUGUGCGUUGCGUGCAUUGACGGCGACCUUACACCAUCAAAUAGCCACAUGUCGCAUGGGUCCUGUUGGGGAUCCACUUGCUGUAGUGGAUCCUGAACUGCGAGUGCAUGGCGUGAACAGGUUACGGGUUGUGGACUCCAGUAUUAUACCGAGAACUGUGUCUGCGCACACGCACGCUCCGGCGAUGAUGAUCGGAGAAAAAGCAGCGGAUUUAAUCAAAUGGACGUGGAACGUACUGAACGCGGCGUAGUUUUAAUAAAUUAUUGUAGAAAUAAGUACAUCAUAGUCAACUAUUUGUAAGAAGUUGGGAAUAGGUACAUAACAAUCUAUUCGUAUGGGAGA